AUGACCCAGUUUCACAACCCAGUUUUCCGUACCGGAGCCUAUAUUGUCUUCGCUGUCUUAAUGUGGGUGGCAGUUGGCGCUGGUCACAGGGGUGUACAGACUGUUUCCGCUCUGUUGUUGACUUUUGCUGCUCUCUGCUAUGGAUUCGCUGCAUUCCGUGGUCAGACUCCUGCCUCCAGCACCAUCACUGGUGGCACAGGUGUCUCCACUAUUGUAUAA